AUGUCCGUCGACCCCAGGCUCUUCCAGUACAUUGCCCCUUCGGCGUGGGCUCUCGACGAUGUCAUGCCCGCCGAGCCCAUCUUCCACCAGCAGCUCUCGACCGACCCGGCCAAGCGCUGGAAGUCGAUCCCCCCCGUUCUCGAGACCCUCAAGGAGAAGGCCAAGAAGGUCGGUCUCUGGAACCUCUGGCUCUCUGGCGGCGAGUUCCAGCACCUCGCCCAGGGCUCCGGCAAGGGCCUGACCAACCUCGAGUACGCUGUUCUCGCCGAGAUCUCGGGCCACUCGCACCUGUGCCCCGAGGCCAUGAACUGCUCCGCCCCCGACACUGGCAACAUGGAGGUCAUCGCCCGUUUCGGCACGGACGCCCAGAAGGACAAGUACCUGAAGCGUCUUGUCAACGGCGAGAUCCGCUCCGCCUUCGCCAUGACCGAGUACGGCAUUGCGUCGUCUGACGCCUCCAACCUGCGCAACACGACCGUCACGAAGCGCGCCGACGGCAAGCUCGUCCUCAAGGGCCACAAGUGGUGGAUCUCUGGCGCCGGCGACCCCCGCUGCUCCGUCCACGUUGUUGUCGCCGUCACCGACCCCAAGAACCCGGACAAGUACAAGCGCCACACCAUCUUCCUCGUCGACCCCAAGACGCCCGGUGUCGAGAUUGUCCGCCCGAUGCAGGUGUUCGGCUACGACGACGCGCCCGAGGGUCACAUGGAGGUUGUCUACAACAAUGUCAUCCUCGACCCCUCCGAGACCUGCGGUGGUGAGAAGAUGAUUGGCCGUGGCUUCGAGAUUCUCCAGGCCCGUCUCGGCCCCGGCCGUCUGCACCACUGCAUGCGCACGAUCGGUGUUGCGACUCGCGCGCUCGACCUCCUCCUUCUCCGCGUCUGCAACCCCGCCCGCAAGACCUUCGGCAAGGAGCUGCGCGAGCACGGCACGAUUCUGGCCGACAUUGCCCGUUCGCGUGCGGACAUUGACCAGGCGCGUCUCCUCACGCUGGCGGCCGCCAAGGCCGUCGACCAGCGUAAGGCCAAGGGCGCGCUCAAGGAGAUUGGUCUCGCCAAGUUCACCGUGCCCACCGUUGCGCUCCAGGUCAUCGACCGCGCGAUGCAGGUCCACGGCGCCGAGGGCAUCUCGCAGGACAAGCCCCUCGCCAAGAUGUACGCGGGCGUGCGCACGCUCCGCUACGCCGACGGCCCCGACGAGGUCCACCUCCAGCAGCAGGGCAAGGUCGAGAUCAAGGAGAGGCUCGCGUACCUCCAGGACCGCGAGGCGCGCGUCCGCAAGGCCGAGGCGGCCCUCGGAGGUCGUGGCCACAAGCUUUAA